AUGACGAUUAAUGAUGAUGUACAACCACAACCGUCAAAUAAUCCUCGAGUGAAUGUUGAGUACUGUGGUGCUUGUGACUACAGUGGGUAUUGCUUAGCUCUUGGACAAAUUGUUAGAAAAUCAACUCCUGAUGCAGUAGUAUUUUGUAAGCGUGGUAGACAAGGUUCUUUUGAAGUUGUGGUCAAUGAUAAAUUAGUGUAUUCAAAAUUGCAGACUAUGGCUCUCCCAGAUUUUAAUGAAGUAGCUCAAGUCGUAAACAAUGUGUCUAAAGGUGAGGAGCCCACACUAAUAAAAGGACAACAACCAAUCAACUGUGUUAUAUCAUAA